AGGAGGCUGGCUGAGGGGACAGGCUUUGCCUGGCAGCUUUCGUGAACCAUUAAAGUGGCCUUCUCUCCUCAGGUGGAAGUGGACCAGCAGAACCCUUGUUGGAAAUGGUGCAUCCACCCACCUACCCACUUGCCCACCCUCUCAGUUCUUCAUGCCUAGAGAAAUGACCUACUGAGAUCUUGGUGAAGAUAUACAUGAAAAGGGAGAGGACGGAGAGGUAGAGUCGGAUACGUUGGCCUCCAAAGCGCUUCUUCAGCGGCAGUUUAAGAAGACAGCUUAAGGACAUAAAAUGGCCUGGAUGAGGCCCAUCUAGUCCAGCAUCCUGUUCUCACAGUGGGAAGCCCCCAAGCAGAUCGCAAGUGCAAGAGCUCUCGGGACUCCUGUGGUUUCCAGUAACAGGUAUCUCUUGUGCUACAGGGUGUGUCCAAUUGCCACCUUUGGGUAACCCAUCUUUCUCACCCACUUCUCCCCUCCUCUGUGGGGAGGGGCCCAUAAUUGAAGUAGUACAUCUCUGGAAAGAAGCAACUCCCAGAGGAUUCGGCAACAACGCAGGGCGACUCUGGUACAGAAGGUAGCAAUCAUGGCUCCCACGCUGAAACCAAUCACACAUCUAUUGAUGUUGCUGCUCUUGGGAGGAUCCUAUGUUAGCUGUGAAGAGAAAUGGUGUUAUGACAAGCCAAUCUGUGGCCCCGCUACAUGGAAACACUUGGGCCAGUGCAACGACAAGAAGCAGUCUCCCAUCAACAUUGUCACCAAGUAUACACAGCCUGAUUCCUGUCUGGGUCCCUUGACAUUGUCCGGAUAUGAGGACCGUUGGAGGCCGCGAGAACUUUUGAACAAAGGGGAUUACCCUGAGGUUGAGAUGAAGGAAGGAGCCACCGUUUCCAGCCCCAGCCUCCCGGCCAAGUACCACCUGAAGUCCUUCCACUUCCACUUCGGCACCAACCACCAUGCAGGCUCAGAACAUGCCAUUAAUGGCCAGCACCACUCAAUGGAGCUCCACAUCGUUCACACUAAAAAUGGCAUAAGUGCCGAAGAAGCGGCGAAGGACCCAGAGGGAUUCGUUGUCCUGGGAUUCUUCAUACAGAAGACCUUUGAGGCUCCUUUUGACGGUGCAUGGGCUUUUCUGGCUAGUAUGCUGCAAAGAAUCCCAGAAAAAGGUAACUCUGUGCCACUGAAUGGGGAAUUUUCUCUUUCGGACUUAUUGAAACCAGGAGGUAAAGACACCGUUAAAAUUACGGACAAGUAUUACCGCUACCAGGGCUCCCUCACUACGCCCAACUGCUCUGAAGCUGUGACCUGGUUUGUCUUUCCUGAUGUCAUCAAGGUGCACCCCUAUGUGGUGAGGAAAUUCACCAACUCGCUCUUUUUUACCACCAAAGAAGAAAAUCGGCGUAUGCAGAAUAAUUACCGUCCCACACAACCAUUGAACAACCGAGGGAUCAGUGCCUUCAACCUAAAUGAGUAUGAUCCGAAACGUUGCCCUGGCAAUAGUUUUGGGGCCAAAGAGUAUGUGGAUUGCAAAGACGGAUGGCAACAGAAUUCUUCUGCUUGAAAGAUCUGAGCAAUGCAGGGAGUUCCAUCUUCUGACCCAAGUAUCAAUAAUUUCUCAAUGUGGUGUGUUUCAUAAGGGAGACCAUAUUCUCUCCCCCCCGUCCACUUUUGAUGAUGACACAUAUGAGGUAUUUCUUAGAAAAAUUAAAAACACCUCUAUCACCACA